AUGUCUUUCUUUGGGCAGAUCACGGAGGCCCUGACCCUUUGCAGCCAGCCGCCGGUGCGGCCCGUCCGCACGGCGGCAGACCCGCCGAUGGAGCCCAAGGAAGCCCUCGGCCUUCUCAAGGACGGCAACCGGCGCUUCGUGGACGGGCGACCGCUGGCCAACCGCACAAACGCCGUGGUGCGCAAAGAGCUGGUGGAGCUUGGCCAGGCUCCCCACACGGCCAUCAUCGGCUGUGCCGACUCGCGUGCACCGCUGGAGACCAUCUUUGACACGAUGCCAGGUGACAUCUUCGUGCUGCGCAACGCCGGCAACACCUGCACUCACGCGGAGGGGAGCAUGAUCGGCAGCCUCGAGUUCUGCACUGGCAAGUUGGGAAGCCGACUGGUGCUGGUCCUUGGCCACACGAAGUGCGGUGCCGUCUAUGGUGCGACGAAGACUUUCCUGGAUGCCCAGGGACUUCCCAACAAGAAGGCUGGCUCCGCGCUCCAGGGGCUUUUGCAGGACCUUGGAGCGGUUGCCCAGCAAGCCCAGCAAGAAAUGGGCCCCGAUGCUGACGCAGAUGCCAUCGCGGCCCAUGCCGUGAGGGUCAACGUGUUCCACACCAUCAACUUUCUGCUCCAGUUCAGUGAGUCGAUUCGUGAGGGCGUGAGCAGCGGCCAGAUCCAGAUCCAUGGUGGCAUCUAUCACCUUGAGACUGGCAGUGUGGAGUUCUUGGGCGAAAGCCCUCAACAGUCCGAGCUGCUCCUGUCCAGCCUGCCCGUCCCGCCUUCUAUGGUGGGCAGCAGCGAGGCUGACCGCGGCACGCAUGGGGUGCGCACCGGGGCCGACGUCGCCAUCAAGUCCGAGCAAGCGCUGAAGCUGCUCAUGGAGGGCAACCAGCGCUUCGCCGCAGGUGCGCCCACGGCGGUGACCACGUCCAAGGACAUGCGCCGGGCCUUGGUGAAGUGCGGCCAGGCCCCCCACAGCGCCAUCGUAGGCUGCGCGGACUCGCGAGUCCCUGUGGACACAGUUUUCGAUUCGAUGCCUGGAGACCUCUUUGUGCUGCGCAAUGCUGGCAACACCUGCACACAUGCCGAGGGUAGCAUCGUCGGCAGCCUGGAGUUCUGCACUGGCAAACUGGGUACUCAACUGGUCUUGGUGCUUGGGCACACACAGUGCGGUGCCGUGGCUGGAGCGACACAAACCUACCUGUCCGGUGCCACGUCCAAAGCACCAGGCAGUGCUCUCGAAGGCCUCUUGCAGGGCCUGGCCGGGGUCGCGCAGAAGGCCAGCGAGGACUUAGGUCCGAAAGCCGAGGAGGCGGCCGUUGUGGCCCAUGCCGUGAAGGUGAACGUCUUCAACUCCGUGAACUUCCUCCUGAAGUUCUCUGAGCCGCUGCGAGAGCUGGUGCGCAAAGGAGACUUGGACAUCCAGGGUGGCAUCUACCACCUCGAGACGGGCAAGGUGGAGUUCCUUGGCCGUUCUCCUCAGCAUGCAGAGCUGCUCUCCUCCAAGCGCUCCGUGCCGCCUUCCAUCACCACCGGUGCUGUCCGCACCUCCAAGAGCGGCCCCGUGCUACCAUCGGAUGCCCUGGCCAUGCUCCGGGACGGCAAUGAGCGCUUCGCUGUGGGCGCCCCCGUCGCUGGCAAGGUGUACCAGAGCAUGCGCGAGGCCCUGGCCACUGUUGGUCAGGCACCCCACACGGCAGUGGUCGGCUGCGCCGACUCGCGCGUGCCCCUUGAGACCGUCUUCGAUGCGCUGCCUGGGGACCUCUUCGUGCUGCGCAACGCUGGAAACACCUGCACCCAUGCGGAGGGGAGCCUGCUCGGCAGCUUGGAGUUCUGCACGGGCGCGCUGAACACCCGCCUGAUCUUCGUUCUGGGACACACGAACUGCGGUGCGAUCAAGGGUGCCACCAGUGCGUUCCUGCAGUCCAAGAAGCAGGGUGGGGCGAAGGACCUGCAGGGUAAGUUGGAGGGCCUUAGAAGAGGUGCGAUUGUAGGAUAUUGUAGGGAUGUUUUGGAUUGUUUUGGUGCGUGGUAA